CGGCGGCUGAUUUGCAUAAGGGCGGGGACGAACGCUCGCGGCUUGCCUAUAUAAGCUCCGGAGCGGGUGACAGCGUUCGCUAUUGCAAGAAAAAAGCGUUUCUAACGACACAAUAGAGAAUCCACUAGAGAAGCUGGCAAGCGGAACAAGCAGCUUUCAUCCCUCUAACGCUCUCUUCCCCCCCCACGCCUUUUUCUCCACCAUCUCCCGUUCUUUGAACCCAGCCGAGGGUUUCUUUGUGUCAUCAUGAAAGCCAUCAGUCCGGUGAGAUCCGUCAGGAGCUGUUACGAAGCCGUCUGCUGCCUCUCGGAUCAGAGCCUGGCCAUCGCCCGGGGAAGCAAUAACAAGAGCCCGGCGCUGGAAGAGCCCAUGAACAUCCUUUACGACAUGAACGACUGCUACUCCAAGCUGCGCGAGCUGGUGCCCGGGAUCCCGCAAGGCACCAAAGUCAGUCAAGUGGAGAUCUUGCAGCACGUCAUAGACUACAUUUUCGACCUCCAGAUCGUGCUGGAGGAGCAGGCGAAGGAGGGGCAGGAUCCGUCAGUGGAGACGUCUCUGCUCUCUUUAAAAGCAGCGGAGCUGGCCUCUGAACUCUGCUCAAAAGAGGACAGAAACUUGUGCCAUUAACAUCUUUACAGACUGCAGGUGUGGGAUCCUGACACUUGGUUCUCUCCAGUGAGAGAGGGAGAGAGAGAAAGAAGAUAGAAGAAAAGACCUUGACUGGCAAAAGGAUCAGAUGUUUAACCCUCUGCAUCCAGUAAUGAAGAGACCUCUGUUUUUAUCUCCCAGAUAAGCUGUCUGAGGAUCAUGGUUUUGCAAGGCAAUUUCAGAUGUCUUGUUUGGGUCUUCCAGUAACAGUUCCCCCGCCUUGUUCCCCCCCCCCACUUCCAUCUGCCUGAAAACAAAACUCUUGCGCAGGGCGGGGGACCUCCCCACCACCACCUUCUUAUCCACUUUCAAAUUAACCAUCUGACUGCUGUGUUGCACAAGAAGAUACUUUGGCAGUUUUUUUAACGGAGAGGAAAAAAGCUGAGCCAUCAGAUUUGUACUGCACAUUGUGUCUGGAGAUAUAUUAGCAAAAUUUUGAUCUCAUCCUUCCAACAUUGCAACGAUUUAUGAACAAUAGGGACAGAUCUGUAUUUUGCUCUUUUUUAAAAAAGCAGACAAACUUUUGCAGGUAUGCAGCUUGUGUGUAUAUUUUGGAUUAUAGUUUUUUAACAUCACUUGGGUGGGGGUGGAAGGGGAUGAGACUCUCAAGAAUAUGAAAAGUGAACUCUCUUGGGGCUGAUUGAUGCCCCAUGGUUUUUAUUGUUGAACUCUAUAAUAGAGAUACCACGUGUACCUUUUUUUUGCAGGAAGGUGAAUUUCUGCGUCUGUGAAUUGUACUUGGCUUUGUAAAAAAACUUUUUAUAAAAGUUUCUUACAUGAAUAAAUUUUGAGCUUUUUUAUUUUUUUGAAAA